AUGCGCGCCCUCCUCGAAAAAUACAUCUACACCAUCCCCCCGCAACCCGCGCGCCCGCGCAAAAAGCCCAUGGCCGUGCUGGCCCUCGGCAUGUCGCGCUCAGGCACAGAGUCCCUGCGCCGCGCGCUGCAAAUCCUCGGCUACGACCACGUCUACCACGGCUUCGACAUGAGCGAGAAUACUCCAAUGCAGUGGAAACAGUGGGCGCUGCUGGGUCGGCGGAAAUACGGCAUUGGGUCUGAACAGAAACACAGCGGGGAUCCGGGUAUAACGCGCGCGGACUUCGACGAGAUCCUCGGGCACGCCGAGGCGGUUACGGACCAGCCGUGCUCGAUUUUCGCGACCGAGUUGAUCAAUGCGUAUCCCGAGGCCAAAGUUAUCUUGAAUCAUCGGGACGUGGAUGCGUGGUAUGAGAGUAUUUGUGCCCUUAUACUCCCGCAUGCGCGGGGGUUCUGGUACCAUGUCCUGCCGUUCUUCCAGGCCGAUAUGUACUGGGCUGUGCAGUAUACGGUGCACUGCUUCAAUAUGUUCUUUUAUGGGGAUUUGAAGAGGAAUGGAAAGUGGGUUUAUCGGCAGCAUUUUGAUACCAUCCGAGGGAGGGUGGAGGAGGAGAGGUUGCUUGUUUGGACGGUUGGUGAUGGGUGGGGGCCGCUUUGCGAGUUCCUAGGCAAGCCUAUACCAGACGAGCCGUUUCCGGCUGGGAAUACGCUCGACACGACGAACAGGCGGUAUGAAAAGAACAUGGUUCGCAUUGGGAUUAUUGCUGCGAGGAACUUUGCGCUCUUCGUUCUUGUUAUUGCUGUUCUGAUUGGGUUGGAUUACAAGUAUGUGCCCGCGUACUGUAUAGGCUAUGUUUACCGGUCGAGGGGCUUUGGUGACGAUCAGCAUUGCCCGGUUUUAUUCCAAGGGAGGAGGAAUUAA